GAACAGUCACAUUUCCGAAACAAGAACGAAUACUGCUGAAUUACAGAGCCGCACACUCACAACACACACGGAAGAAAACCACUUGCAGUGGUGCCUGCUCAAUGAAAUAUUACAGUCACUGACAAGGUGAUACCUGACUGAAGUCCUGGCUUGAGUCAAGACAGAGGGAUAUUUUGUAAGAGGAGGGUUGACUCCUGUGUGACAAUGCUGAAAUCAUUCAACCUCUUGAAGCAGUUAGGAUCUGUGGGGAAGUCACAGGAUGCCACUGACCUUCUCACAGACGAUCUGGUUAUGGUGGAGCAGCGGGUGGAGCCAGCCAAGAAGGCAGCGCAGGUUAUUCACAAGAAGCUGCUGGGCUGUCUGCAGAGUCAACUAGGGCUGGACACCGAGAGACGAACGAAAAAACUCCCUCUCAUGCUGCUGUCUGUUAGCAUGGCGGAGAGCUUCAAAGACUUUGAUGCAGACUCUUCUAUCAGGAAAGUGUUGGAGAUGUGUUGCUUCAUGGAGAGCCAUCUGGCCACAACGCUGGCUGACUUUGAGAUGAAGCUGGAGAAGGAGGUUUUGGAGCCUCUCAAUAAACUCAGUGAGGAAGACCUUCCAGAGAUUCUCAAAAACAAGAAGCAGUUUGCCAAACUCACAAUGGACUGGAACAAUGCACGCAACAAGUCCCAGGCCAGUACGGGCCCUCAGGCAAAGCAGGACGGGCUGAAAGAGGAGGUGGAGGAGGCCUGGAGGAAACUGGAGAGCAUCAAGGACCAAUACUCUGCAGAUCUCUAUCACUUUGCCACUAAAGAAGAGGCCUAUGCCAGCUACUUCAUUCGUCUGCUGGAACUACAAGCAGAACAUCAUAAGAAUUCCUAUGACUUCCUGGAACGAAACAUCACUGAGCUAAAAGAGAGCCACAGUCAAACAGACUCCCAGAAGAACAACUCUAGGGGGAAGGUAUACGGGGAGCCCCUGCUGACUCACCUGUACGACAGCGGCAGGGAGAUCGCUGUUCCCAUCCAGGAGUGUGUUCACAUGCUGCUGCACACCGGCAUGAGGGAGGAGGGUCUGUUUCGUCUGGCAGCAGCAGCCUCGGUAGUGAAGAGACUGAAGAGCAGUCUGGAUGGAGGGGUCGUGAACCACAGCAAGUUCACUGACCCUCACGCAGUCGCAGGGGCUUUGAAAAGCUACCUGAGAGAGCUGCCUGAACCCCUCAUGACCUUUGAACUCUACAAUGAUUGGUUUCAAGCAGCAGGGGAGAAAGAACUGACAGACAAACUUGAGCAGUUUAAAAUUGUGCUGAAGAAGUUACCAUCAGAAAACUACAACAACCUCCGGUAUCUGGUACAGUUCCUGUCGUGUCUGUCAGAGCAGCAGGCGAUAAACAGGAUGAGUCCCAGUAACAUUGCCAUAGUACUGGGUCCCAACCUGCUGUGGCCUCGCAUGGAGGGGGAGGCAGCGUUGUUGGACAUGGCGUCUGCCUCCUCUGUCCAGGUGGUGGCGGUGGUUGAGCCUCUCAUAAAAUACUCAAGCAGCCUGUUUCCAGAAGAGGUGGACUUUGAGAUUCCGGAACUUCCUGGGGUCUCAGAUUUGACCUUGUCAGAACCUCAACCCUCAGAGUCUGGAAAAGAGAAGCUUGCCAGAACUACCUCCUGCUCUUCCUCCUGCUCUUCCUCUUCUCAUCCCCCUCUCUGUAAAACACUUAGCUCAGCGUCACAGGACAGUGGAGGUCUAUUAAUCUUCAAGUCAGGCUCCAUUGGUCAUAGAACCACGACCUGGGGGAACCAGGCCUCAGACCCACCAGGCUCAACCCCACUUACCCCUACCCAAGUUCAGACCCAGAGCACGUCCCCCGUCUCAAGCCCAACACUGGUUCACCACACAUCCCCACUACCCAGCCCUAAACUGGAUCCUGGCCCAACCCUGGUUCCUUCCCCACCACCGGUGUCUGUCUGUAUUCCGACCCAGAAGCAGAGCCCUGAACCAGGAUCACUAGAACCCAUCAUUGAGGCCCCACCGGACUCCCCCAAAGCUAUACUGAAGAUCACCUCACCAUACAAACCAAGGAGAUCCUUCUUUCAACACAAGCCGUCCAUCCCGGGUAAAGAGCAGGUAGUCGCUACAUACUCCAAACCCAGGACCCCAGCACCUCCGGCCCCAGCAGAGGCACCCAAAACCCAGCCACAACCUGCACCCAAGCCCCUAACUCCGGUCCUGAAGAAGGCCCCAAACAAAAAGGGUGCAAUUAGGCCCCCCCAAAUCCCACCACCCAAGCCACCAGUACUGGAGAGCAAACAGGUGACCUCUAUAGCGCAAUGAUGAAGUAGAGAUAUAGAGUAUCAUCUAAGCUUGUGUAAAUACAUUUUCUUAUGCUUUAGGUACAAAUGUAGACUGUAACCUGACAUUUGGUGUAACCUUGUUUGGGUUGCGUAUCAAGGCCAGAGAUGUAUUGGGCUUCUGCAGCCGGGUUCCACUCUUACAGAAAAAAUGCUUUGUAGUUUGAGCGCUACCAUACAGUUUCUUCAGAAAGUAUUCACACCCCUUGACCUUUUCCACGUUGUGUUA